UCGGGUUUGGAUAAAAUUUCCCCUUUCCUAGGAAGAUUUUCUGUCUCUGCCUGUGUCAGGAGAGGACUCGGGACCAGCCUAGAAGAGUUCAGGAUGAAAGUGAAAGGUAGCAGAAUCACCUGCUUGCUGGUGCCCUUCGCUGUGAUAUGCCUGGCGGCCACUCCCGGGGUCAGGGCUUGCCCUCGCCGCUGUGCCUGUUACAUGCCCACAGAGGUGCACUGCACGUUUCGGUACCUGACCUCCAUCCCAGACAGCAUUCCGCCCGAUGUGGAACGUAUCAAUUUAGGGUACAAUAGCUUGGUCAGGUUAACAGAAACAGAUUUUUCGGGCCUGAAUAAAUUGGAGUUACUAAUGCUGCACAGCAACGGCAUUCACACAAUCCCAGCCAAGGCCUUCGCUGAUUUGCAGGCCCUGCAGGUCUUAAAAAUGAGCUAUAACAAAGUCCAAAAACUUCAGAAGGAUACUUUUUAUGGCCUCAAGAGCUUAACACGGUUGCAUAUGGAUCACAACAAUAUUGAGUUUAUAAACCCAGAGGUUUUUUAUGGACUCACCUUUCUCCGACUCGUGCACUUGGAAGGCAAUCGGCUCACUAAGCUCCAUCCAGAUACAUUUGUCUCUUUGCGCUACCUCCAGAUAUUUAAAACAUCUUUCAUUAAGUACUUGUACUUGUCUGACAACUUUCUGAGCACCCUCCCUCAAGAGAUGAUCUCCUACAUGCCGGAUCUGGAAAGCCUUUAUCUUCAUGGGAACCCCUGGACCUGUGACUGUCAUUUAAAAUGGUUGUCUGACUGGAUACAGGAAAAGCCAGAUAUAAUAAAAUGCAAAAAAGACAGGAGUCCCUCCAGUUCUCAGCAAUGCCCACUGUGCAUGGACCCCAGGAGCUCGAAGGGCAAGCCCUUGGCCACCGUCCCUGCUGCGGCUUUCUUGUGUGUCAGGCCAACCAUCAAUCCAGCUCUGAAACUGAAGAGCCUGACUAUUCUGGAAGACAGCAAUUCUGUGUCCAUCUCUCCUCAAAACUUCAUGGCACCCUUCGGCUUCCUCAUUUUGAAUAUGACAGACCAGUCUGGAAAUGAAGCUCACGUGGUCUGCAGUAUCCAAAAGCCCUCAAAGACAUCACCCAUUGCAAUCACUGAAGACAAUGAUUACAUCAGGCUAAAUGCAUCAUUUUCUACAUUUCUUGUGUGUAACAUAGAUUAUAGUCACAUUCAGCCAGUGUGGCAAAUUCUGGCUUUGUACAGUGACUCUCCUCUGACACUAGAAAGGAGCCACUUGCUCACUGACACACCACAACUCUGCUACCGAUAUAAACAGGUGGCUCUUAAGCCUGAAGACAUCUUUACCAACAUAGAGGCUGACCUCAGAGCAGAUCCUCCUUGGUUAAUGCAAGACCAGAUUUCAUUGCAGCUAAACAGAACUGCCACCACACUCAGUACAUUGCAGAUCCGGUACUCCAGUGAUGCUCAGGUCACUUCACCAAGGUCAGAGACGAGGCCAGUGAGACACGAAUGGACCAUGAUUCCCAGGGAUAACAAUAUUAAGCUGGAACACACUGUUUUGGUUGGCGGGACCAUUGACUUAGACUGCCCAGGCCAAGGAGAUCCUGCCCCACAUCUGGAGUGGCUUCUAGCUGAUGGGAGUAAAGUGAGAGCCCCUUAUGUUAGUGAGGAUGGACGAAUUCUAAUAGACAAAAGUGGAAAACUGGAACUCCAGAUGGCUGAAAGUUUUGACACGGGCAUAUACAACUGCAUAAGCACCAAUUAUGCUGAUGCAGAUAUUCUCACCUAUAGGAUUACAGUGGUCAAGCCCCACAUAGAAACCUAUCAGGGAAAUGGGGCUUCUCACACUGUUUUUGUUGGUGACGCACUUGACCUUCCAUGCCAUUCCACUGGUACUCCAGAUGCCUCUGUUAGCUGGGUUCUUCCAGGAAACACUGUGCUCUACCAGUCCUCCAGGGAGAAGCAGAUUCUUAAUGGCACACUGAGAAUAUUACAGGUCAGUGAAAAAGACCAGGGUCAUUAUUGUUGUGUUGCAGCCAACCCAUCAGGGGUCGACUUUUUGAUUAACCAAGUUUCAGUCAGGAAAAAAGGGCCAAGCCCAGUGGAGCACAAUGCAGAAACAGAUGGAUCUGGAUUUGAUGAGCCCAGUCCCAUGGUGCACCCGAGGAACCCACCAGCUGCACAGUUCCCUACACCUGCUUCAGAGGGAGGUGAGGCUAGAAAACAAGUCUUGAGCACAAGUAAGAAGCACAACUAUCGAGAUUUAAUACACCAGCGGCGUGGAGAUUCAACAAACCACCGCUUUAGGGAGCACAGAAGGCAGUUCCCUCUCUCUGCUCGGAGAAUUGACCCCCGACACUGGGCAGCGCUUUUGGAGAAAGCUAAAAAGAAAACUAUGACACAGAAGCAAGAAAAUACCACCGCAAGGUCACCUCCACUGGGCACCCAAUUCCUGAAAACACCCGGUGAGGAAGCAGACUCUUCAGGCAUGCUCCCUCCAGAUGAGGAAUUUAUGGUCCUGGCAACUAAUGUCCCCAGUGCCCUGGCAAGGACAGUGUCUGCUGAUUUCAAAAAAAUAUCUGAUAGCCCUGUGGCAAUUACAACUACUGGUACUGAAGUCUCCCCAAUUGGCAGUCCACACAUGUUACCAUCUGAAAACCCAACAGAUUUCAAACUACCUACUACUAUUAAAACUAUCACCAUGUCAAAGAACAUAAACCCAACCGCAUCAAGCAAAAUGAAAGACACAAAAAACCAAAAUGUAGCCACUGCCCUUCCUCUACUACCUGAAGCAACUCGAUUUCAGGGUGCUGAGGGCAUGGGGAGGAGAAGAGAGCAUUUGCAAAGUGCACCCCUAGUAGCAACAGGGGUGGUGAUCAAAGAUGUCGAGACCCAGAUGCUUAGUAGUGUUGAUAGCAAAGCUGAUGUAUUAGCAUUAGAAAAUGUCAUGCAUGGUCAUCAGAUGCCUGUAACAGAAGGCAGUGUCCCCAGGAGCAAUCACUUCCAUUCUCACAUUACACAAAGGCUUAGCACCUCAAGGCUCCCUUCAGGCCCACCCAGCGCUGCUCAUUCUCAGUUACAGACUCCUAGAAACAGUACCACUAACACCCCGUUGUCCAGACGCUUUGUCAGACGGAGGAAAAUUUGGGGAAGGGGGAGAGUUAUCAGCCCAUAUAGAACUCCAGUUCUCCCACGGCAUAGAUAUGGCUUUGUGAGGCCAACCUCCAGAGGUUCUUCUGAAGGAAGCACCACUGUGCUUCCUGCCACAGAGCCCAGUGCAGUGUGUCCAUCCUGUUCUCUCAGAGAAAAGUUUGCCACUGCGGGAGCAACCUUGUUUUUUCCAAGUUCUUCCCCCAUCGCCCUCCCCAAAGCUGACAUUGCAAGAGUCACAGCAGAGUCUACAACUCUUGUCUAUAAUUCACCAUUACUAUUUAAUAACAAGCCAAAUGUACAUACUGAGAAAACAACACCCACAAUAAAAUAUUUCAGUGCUGAAAGCACCCAAGUGAUGCCAACUGGUACAGUCAGGACUCAGGCGCCGACAUCCGUAACUGUGGAAAAAGCUCAUAGAACAAAUAUUAGUUACCCCAGUAUAUCUAACAUUAGUGAAGUGAAAAGAGAUUCAAUGAUUCUAUCAUCACUUCCAGGUCCUGCCACUGAACCAUCUAUGCCUGCAACUAUGGGCAUUACCAGAUUUCUGAGAAGGAAAAUUCCCUGGCAUCAGGUCUCUGUAAAUAACCACACCCAAACAGACAGGUUGAAGAAUCAGCAUACAUUUGGUUCACAGAAAAGCACAACGACUGUGCUUCCUAAAAUAUCUCCUGCUUUACCCAGAGGUACAGUUUCCCCCUUUCGCUUCAUAGCACACUCAGCAAACGUAAUGCAAAGUCCAUCUAUAACACUGGCUACAACUCACCAUGAUACCACUAAAACACACAGUAUUAGAAGUCUCUCCACAAUGAAUGAGCUGCCCUUCCCACCCACCUACCCUACACUUCCUAGUAGCUCAAGCAAGGAAUCAAAUACACCCUUCAUAUCAGAGCAAGCAGGCACGCUGACAACUCCUACUGCCCCCGCAUCUGUCAUUAUCAGUCACACCCAAAUAGGCAGACCCAGCACAGAAGUGCAAAGCAAAAAGGAGCCUCAGGGCAGAGACGACCCAAACAGCUCUCCCAGCCAGAGUCCUGGCUUCACCACACACCCUGCUGUGAGGCUCCCUAUUCCAGCUGCAGCAGAAACUUCAGUCAAGGCCAGUGUCUCUGCUUUCACUCAUCCCGCCUUAGAAAACACCAGAAGAACUUCAAGCACAAUUGAUCUUUACCCAAGAACACUUAACAGGACAGAUGUAAUUGAAGAACCACCCCAAGAAACUACUCGGACUUUGAAGAGCACGGCUGCUUCUGAAGCCACUUCGUCCAGCAAACUCCAGCAGAGGACCCCACCUAGGAGCACGACCAUCGGACCCUCAGCGGUGCCAACUCCCCUGAGCAGCAGGGCCACUCUGAUGCCAGUCUCCACCUCUCCUCCCUGGAGUAAUCAAAGUGCAGUUACUGACAAUGUGACAACUCCUGUUUUCCGGAUGCUGACAAAUACAACAUUCAAGCUGCAUGAACCCUCCAGGCACAAUGCCAAUCCACAGCAAUUAGCUGCAGAGGUUGCAACAUCUCCCAAGGCUCAUCCAACUGCCAAGUUCACAGUUGGAACCACCUACUUUAUCUACUCCAAUCUGUUACAUUCUACUCCUAUGCCAGCGCUAAUAACAGUUGAACCACAGAAUCCUAGAUCAACUCUUUCUCCCUGGUCAGAAGAUCACUCUCAGCGUGAGUCCCACCUGGAAACUGCUCAAAAAGGCAAAAAGCCAGGCGUGAGCAUGCUGCCCACUCUAGGCUUGCCAGAGGACACCACUCAUGCUUCAAAUUGGGAAAUUCAGAAAACUGCAGAAAAUGGCUUUGACAAGACACAGGUUCAAAAAUUAACACCUUCUGAACUCCUUCCCUUUGAGCCUUUGUCUAGGAAUGUGUUCGAAAGGGCCAGAAUAGUUGGAGGAAAGGCAGCAAGUUUUACUGUCCCAGCUGACUCAGAUGCCUUUCUUCCCUGUGAGGCUGUGGGAAAUCCUCUGCCCGCCAUCCACUGGACCAGAGUGUCGUCAGGACUCGAUUUGUCUACAAGGAAACAGAGUGGCAGGUUCCAAGUGCUCCCCAAUGGCACCCUGUCCAUCCGGAGGGUGGACAUUCAGGACCGUGGACAGUACCUGUGCUCAGCAUCCAAUCCAUUGGGCAAAGAUCACCUUCAUGUCACCCUGUCCGUGGUUUCCUAUCCCCCCAGGAUCCUGGAGAGACACACCAGAGAGAUCACAGUCCAUUCUGGAAGCACUGUCGAACUGCAGUGCAGAGCUGAAGGCAGGCCUCGGCCUGCAAUUUCCUGGAUCCUCGCAAACCAGACAGAGGUCUCAGAAUCAUCCGAAGGGAACAGGCAAGCCCUCGUGACAGCUGACGGAACGUUGGUUGUUCACAGUCUCAGUGUGUAUGACCGGGGCUUUUACAAAUGCACAGCCAGCAACUCCGCCGGUCAGGAUUCAGUGCUGGUUAAAAUACAAGUCAUAGCCGCCCCACCUGUCAUUCUAGAACAGAAGAGGCAAGUGAUUGCAGGCACUAAGGGUGAAAGUUUGAAACUGCCCUGCACUGCAAAGGGGACUCCUCAGCCCAGUGUUCACUGGGUUCUCUCUGAUGGCACCGAAGUGAAACUGUUACAGUUUAUUGAUUCCAACUUGUUCUUAUUUUCAAAUGGGACACUGUAUAUAAGAAAUGUAGGCUCUUCAGACAGAGGCACUUACGAAUGCAUUGCUACCAGCUCCACGGGCUCAGACAGAAGGGUGGUAAUUCUCACACUGGAAGAACAAGAGACCAUCCCCAGGAUAGAAUCCGCAUCCCAGUUGUGGAAUGAGGUGAAUUUUGGGGACAAAUUACUACUGAAUUGCUCGGCUGUUGGUGAACCCAAACCCAAAAUAAUCUGGAGGCUACCAUCCAAGGCUGUUGUAGACCAGUGGCACAGAAUGGGCAGCCGAAUCCAUGUCUACCCAAACGGGUCCCUGUUUAUUGGAUCAAUAACAGAAAAAGAUGGUGGUGAUUACUUGUGUGUGGCAAGAAACAAAAUAGGGGAUGACCUGAUACUGAUGCACGUUAGCCUAAAACUGAAACCUGCCAAAAUUGAUCACAAACAACAUUUUAAAAAGCAAGCGUUUCAUGGGAAAGAUUUCCAAGUGGACUGCAAGGCUUCUGGCUCACCAGUGCCCAAGAUAUCUUGGAGUUUGCCGGAUGGAACCAUGGUAAACAAUGCAAUGCAAGCUGAUGACAGUGGCCGGCGUACCAGGAGGUACACCCUUUUCAACAAUGGGACAUUGUACUUCAACAAAGUUGGGAUCACAGAGGAAGGAGAUUAUACUUGCUAUGCCCAGAACACUCUGGGGAAGGAUGAAAUGAAGGUCCACCUAACAGUAAUAACGGCUACCCCACGGAUCAAGCAGGGUUACAAGGCCAACGUAAGAGUCAAAGCUGGAGAUGCGGCUGUCCUCGACUGUGAGGUCAUUGGGGAACCCACACCAAAAAUAUUUUGGCUGCUGCCUUCCAAUGACAGGAUUUCAUUCUCAAAAGACAGGUACACAAUUCAUGCCAAUGGGUCUUUGUCCAUCAACAAAGUCAAACUGCUCGAUUCUGGACAGUACUUGUGUGUGGCCCGAAAUCCCAGUGGGGAUGACACCAAAAGGUACAAGCUGGAAGUUGUGCCCAAGCCUCCAUUAAUCAACGGUCUGUAUAUAAACAAAACUGUCAUUAAAGCCACAGCUGUGAGGCAUUCCAAAAAACACUUUGAUUGCAGAGCUGAAGGGACACCACCUCCUCAAAUCAUGUGGAUCAUGCCAGAUAACAUCUUCCUCACAGCGCCAUACUAUGGAAGCAGAAUCACAGUCCACAAAAAUGGAACUUUGGAAAUUAGAAAUGUGAGGCUUUCAGAUUCAGCUGAGUUUAUCUGUGUAGCUCGGAAUGAAGGAGGAGAGAAUGUGUUGGUGGUACAGCUGGAAGUACUGGAAAUGCUGAGAAGACCAACAUUCAGAAACCCAUUUAAUGAAAAAAUAGUGGCCCAGCUUGGAAAGUCCACGGCACUGAACUGCUCUGUUGAUGGAAACCCACCACCUGAAAUAAUCUGGAUUUUACCCAAUGGCACGCGAUUUCCCAAUAGACCACAGAACUCUCAGUAUCUGAUAGCAAGCAAUGGGUCUUUUAUGAUUUAUAAAAUGACCCGGGAUGACGCAGGAAAAUACCGGUGCGGGGCAAGAAAUAAAGUUGGCUAUAUUGAGAAGUUAAUUGUGUUAGAAAUUGGCCAGAAGCCAGUUAUUCUGACAAAUGCCUUAGGAACAGUUUACUGUAUCAGUGGAGAGUCUCUGUCAUUGCACUGUGUGUCUGAUGGAAUCCCUAAGCCAAACGUUGAAUGGACCCUACCAAGUGGUCUUGUGAUAGACAGGCCUCAAGUUAGUGGAAAAUACAUACUGCACGAAAAUGGCACCUUAGUCAUCAAAGGAGCAACGGCGUAUGACAGAGGAAACUACAUCUGUAAGGCUCAAAACAGCGUUGGCCACGCACUGAUCAGUGUUCCAGUCGCGGUUGUCGCCUAUGCUCCCCGAAUCACAAAUCGGCCACCAAGGAGCAUCCUGACAAAGACAGGGACAGCCAUUCGGCUCCACUGUGUGGCCCUAGGUGUCCCCAAGCCAGAAAUCACAUGGGAGAUGCCUGACCACUCCCAGCUCUCAAAGGCAAAUAAAGGGAAGACACAUGGAAUUGAGCCUUUUCACCCCCGAGGCACCCUAGUCAUUCAGAAUCCUCGAACCUCGGACUCUGGGAUAUACAAAUGCACAGCAAAGAACGCACUUGGCAGUGACUCUGCAAUGACUUAUAUGCAGGUAAUCUGA